GUAUUAUUUAGUUACCUUGACUGAUUUUUUUGUUAGGUUCAGGCAUUACGCAAACAUUGAUAUCUUUCGUCCUAGUGUGUGUAUAAGACAUAAUUACUAUAAAUACUUCAAAAUCGUCUAUCUCGAUUCAUUCUUCUAUGAAUCCCAUCAAGAUGAAGAUAUUUUUCUCAUUUUUGUUAAUAGUCGUUACACUUCGUAACUCAAAGUGUGCCAAAAUUUUGGGCGUGUUUCCAGUGCCAGCUCGCAGUCAUUGCAUCCUAGGAAACUCUUUGAUGAAAGGGCUUGCAGAACGUGGUCACGAUGUAACAAUAAUCACACCCUAUACCGAGAAGAACUUACCUAAAAAGGGUUCAUACAAGCAAAUAGAACUGACAGAAUUCGAGGGCCUACACGACAGGCGUCGCACAAAAAUGAAUAUUUUUGAAAUGGAAGAGACGACCCCUUUUCUAUUCAUACCUUUCGUACUCCAGUUGAUGACUGAAAUCACGGAGGAGGUGCUUAACCAUACCAACGUACAAAAAUUGUUGAAGUCUGGGGAAAAGUUCGAUGUGGUGAUAAUAGAACAGUUUAUGAACGAAGCGCACAAAGGUUUCGCUACACAUUUUAACGCUCCUAUGAUUCUGUUAAAUACUAUUGGGGCCAAUAUUUGGACCAACAUGUUGGUAGCAAACCCAGCCCCGACAUCGUAUGUCCCUGAUCUUUUCCUUAGUUAUUCUAGUCAUAUGACGUUCCGUGAAAGAUUGACCAACACCGCUCUUUACGUUUACUGCUAUAUUCUAUUUCACGCGUUUAAUUUUCCACAACACGCACGACUCUAUAAUGAGUACUUUCCAAAUAGUCUGCCUUAUUACGAUGCUCUCUAUAACGUGUCUUUAGUUUUACUCAACUCCCAUCCGAGUCUAAAUCAACCUGUACCUUAUGUACCCAAUAUGAUUGACAUAGGUGGCUUUCAUGUUCAACCCACCAAGACUCUACCACACGAUUUACAAAAGUUUCUAGAUGAGUCCAAAGAAGGUGUCAUCUAUUUCAGUAUGGGUUCAAAUUUAAAAAGCACGGAAUUACCGCCCAAAACACGGAACGCUUUUUUGAACACGUUUGCGAAAAUGAAGAUGAAGAUUUUGUGGAAGUGGGAGGAAGAUGUUCUUCCGGGUCAGCCGAAGAACGUGAAGUCGGGAAAGUGGUUGCCACAACAAGAGAUUCUAGCACACCCGAAUGUCAAGCUUUUCAUAACCCAUGGUGGUCUGCUAAGUACCACGGAAACUAUUUAUCAUGGUGUUCCAGUUCUAGCGAUACCAAUCAUGGGUGACCAGAAACUCAACGCCGAGAGUAUAGUCAAUGAAGGUUUUGGACUAUCGUUAGGGUAUAAAGAAAUUUCUGAACAAACGUUAACGCAGAAGUUAGAUGAACUUCUAAACAACCCCAAGUAUGCCAAAAACGCCAAAAAACGGUCAGAAAUUUUCCACGAUCGACUCGUGGGACCAAUCGAAACCGCGGUUUACUGGGUGGAGUACGUAAUACGUCACAGAGGUGCCCCGCAUUUAAAAGUAGCCGGAGUAGAUCUACCCUGGUAUAAAUACAUGCUGGUGGACGUCGUUGUCUUCAUUUUGACAACACUAAUAGUUAAUUUGUAUCUAUUUUGUAAAAUUAUAAAAAAAAUAUGUUCCUCGUGUUCGAAAUCAAAAGUUCAAAAAGUGAAACGCUCUUGAUCUGUUAAACAACUAACUAUAAUUGAAUAAAAUUAGUUUUCGCAAAAUGAGUGAUAUUUUUAAAAAAAAUACAGGAUUAAAGAUUGUUGCUAUGAA